UGGCGAAAUCAAUGAGCGCUCGGGGUAGCAGAAAUGGGUUUGCGGAUUGAGGGCGAGGAGAAGUUGGAAUGCUCAUCGCAAUUCGACGUCUGAGCUCCUCACUUUCCUCUCUGACACAUUUGUCUCGCAGAGCCAGGCCCAGAAGGAACAUCGGCUCGUUGUCGGCAGUGAAACCGAGGAAUCUUGGUGAGCGGCAAGCCUCGGUGGGAUCUCUGGUCGGUGUUGCUGCUGCCGUGAAUCCGAGCCGCAACUCUCGGAGAUGUUUUAGCGCAAUUCAAAUAACUGAAAUUGGAUCUCGGUACGCGAAGAAAACUUCUAGCCUGCCCCUCGUCUUGCGUCACCUAAAGCACAGCCAGAUAGGAUUCAUCUGUUCGAAUCACAGCACAAUGGAGCCGAUCGUAGCGGAGUACUUCGCCGAUGUGGAGAGACUCAACAUCCUCGAGGUGACGAGUGGUGCGCACCCGAUCGUCGACGCUGCUUUCGAGAAGCUGCUCGACACUAUCUCCUCAGCGCACGAUGGACGUCUGAAGGAAUUCUCGGAGUGGAUCCGCAAGGUUAUCGAUUACAAUGUACCUCAGGGUAAGCGGAACCGACUCGUUGCUGUCAUGCUCGCAUACCAGAGUUUGGAGAAGGGUGAGAUCACGGCGGAGAAACUAGAAAAAGCCGCCGUCCUAGGCUGGUGCGUGGAACUGCUCCAGGCAUUUUUCCUGAUCUGCGACGAUAUCAUGGACAACAGUGUCACUCGGCGCGGUCGCAAGUGCUGGUACUUGGUCGACGGGGUCAACAUGAUGGCUAUAAACGACGCGAUUCUAUGCGAGAGUGCCAUAUACCAUCUCCUGAAAUCGUAUUUCCGAUCUCACCCCAACUAUAUCGACAUGAUGGAGCUGUUCCACGAAGUGUCUCUACAGACCGCAUCUGGACAGUGUCUCGACAUGCUCUCCGAGCGAAAAGGAGGAAGCUUCAGCGAAGAAACGUACGACUCGAUCGUUGUGUACAAAACGGCGUAUUACUCGUUCUCGUUGCCCAUACGUCUCGGCAUGUACUUGGCGGGCAUCUCGGACGAGAAGAGUCACCUCAAAACCGAAUCCUUAGCGCUUCGGAUCGGACACAUUUUCCAAGUGCAGGACGACUACCUGGAUUGCUUCGGCGAUCCUGAAGUCAUCGGCAAGGUUGGCACCGAUAUCACCGACGCCAAAUGUUCCUGGUUGGUGGUGAAAGCACUUCAAGUUGCCACUCCGCCGGAGAAAAGCCGCCUGCUGAGCUUCUACGGGAAGGGAAGUCCUGGGGGACCGGAAGAGGUCGAAGUCAAGAAGAUCUACGAUCAUCUCAGUAUGGAGAAAAUCUUCCGGGAAUUUGAAGAGCAAGCUUUCCAGCAGAUCAGGGAUGAGAUCGAGAAACUCGAUCAUGCCGAUACUCCCUUGAGAUCGGAUAUUUUUAAAUUAUUGGUUAACAAAAUUUAUCGCAGAAACAAGUAAUACGAUGAUGCCAUAGUGCGAAGGCACGCUUCACACAAACCUCGCUUAAGCCUUCUUAAAAUGGAAUUUAUCUUCACAAGGGGCCUGUGUGCCGUCGUUGAUAUUUCGAGCGUUUUUUCAACACCAGCGACGAUCGAAUCGUUAGAUAGAAGAACCCUCACACUCAUUGUUGUCGUUCUUUCGUGUGGCUAUGUCAAUAAACU